UUAACGGUCGGUCAUUUCUAUCUUUCCGGAUAAUCACGCUUUCUCCGUGCGGCUCGGUGCCCUAGACCACCUUCCCUCUUAGAUUCAACGGCAACCCAUCACGAGAAACCCUGACAGAAGAAGCCCGGCCCCGUCUUCUCUUUUUGUUUUGUUCAAAUAAUAUGUUCUAACUUUCGUCUUCUUCACGUCUCUCACAUAUUCUUCUUGCUUUCUGAAAGACAACAAAUCUAUCUUGCCUUUCUAGGAUUCCUUCACACAGUCUCUCUGUUUUUUCACACAAGACACAAUCUUGACUGGAUUUAUACAUAUAUAUAUAUAUUUGCUUCUCUGGUUUGGUUCUCACAUAUAGCGUUCGAUGAUUAAUUGAUGUCUUUGGUCGGUGGAAGUGUUUCUGGUUCAAAAAACAUGGGUCUUGACGACGAUAAAGAGAAGAAGACUACUGCGGUUGUUCAUGACAGCGGCGAUGAGAGCGAUGGGAAAGUGAAGAAGGGUACUAGCGAUUACACAACCGAAGAUGAAGAAGAUGAAGAUGCUCAUAAUAUCGAAUUAGGACCUCAAUGCACCCUUAAAUCCCAAUUGGAGAAGGAUAAGGAUGAUGAGAGUCUGGCUAGGUGGAAAGAACAGCUUCUGGGUAGUGUGGAUAUCAACAAUGUUGGAGAAUCACUGGAAGCAGAUGUUAAGAUCUUGAGCCUAUCAAUAAAGUCAUCUGGAAUAGAUGACAUUGUUCUUCCUAUUCCUGAAGAUGGGAAGCCAAAAGGGUCUUGGUUUACUUUGAAAGAAGGUUCUCGUUACAGAUUGACCUUUUCUUUCCAAGUUCGCAACAACAUUGUAUCUGGUCUUAAGUAUACCAAUAUGGUUUGGAAAACUGCUGUCAAAGUGGACAGUGCUAAGGAAAUGCUUGGAACAUUUAGUCCACAGGACGAGUCUUACACUCAUGAAAUGCCCGAAGAGACCACACCAUCUGGAUUCUUCGCUAGAGGCUCGUAUACUGCUAAGUCAAAGUUUGUUGAUGAUGAUAACAAGUGUUACUUGGAGAUUGACUAUACAUUUGACAUCAAGAAGGAUUGGGCGUCACGUUGAGUUGAAUUUUAGGCUCUUUAAUCAUCAGAAUAUAUCUUGUAACUCAAUUCAUUUCUAUUCUAGAAAUUCAGAGGAGGCAAUGAGUUAGAACCUUUUUAGAUAAUAUUAAUUUCUUUUUUCUUUGUCUGUUAAUGUCUCCCAUGUUUUGCUGUGAACUGACUUAGCAGCAGCUUAAUGUUAUUCUUAUAUUGAUCUAUUUAC